AUGGCCUCAACGACAAACUCGGUGCUCAAAAGACACGCCCCUCCCGGCAACCUUUCCGACCUCACCGAGGCCAAUAAGGAGAAAUGGUCUAAGGAUUUCAUCUCGACUUGGAUGCAGGGCGAGAUUGAUGCUGAUCCCAACGUGGUCGGCCGAGGUCGUACUCCAUUGAAACAGUUCUUCGACGGCGUCAAGACACCUUUCAACCAAGGUGACACACCAAAGGCCGUUGAGUGGAAUGCAUUUCCCAAAGUGAUCAGGAAUUCGUAUCAGAGUGAUGCUGUGCGUUGGGCUAUUGCAGACUCCUCUCGUGUAGUCCAGGAUGAGUACUUGGAGUGGUCUGUCAGUCGUGGUCCAAGAAAGUACACGGGCGAUAUCUACAGCGUCACUUUUACUGCCGAGGGACCUGAGUAUUGGCAAUUCCUGGCAAGUUGCCAGAAAGACGACUUUCUCAAAUUAGUGAAAGAGCUCAACUCUGGUUUCGCCAGUGAAAUGUCGGAUAGCGAAUUCUUCCUGAGAGAUUACGUCACAGGAAACGAAGUAUACAAUCCAGCUAAUUACUGGAACUUACUCAGUACCACAGGCGCAAUCACUCAUCUGAUCCAGCCGAACAACACGCUUUCUGCCGAGGUGGACAUUGCUGCACAAGCUACCGUCAUUCGCAAGAAUGACAAUGGCAAGAUAAUCACCGAUGCAGAUGAGUUGAUCAAAUGCUCCAAGUAUGGUAACCCUGGUAGAAACUCCGAUCCCUCGAUUGGAGCGAGUAUCAAUUUCCUCGCUCGAGGCGGUGCAAGCCUGAGUGUAGCCGAGCCAGUUGCACUAUACAUCCGAGCCUUCGAGAUAGGAAGCUUCAAAUUUGACAUGAAUGGCACAACUGACGGCGCUGCAACCGAUCUCAGGGAUAUCGAAAACCCGGAGAAGGUCUUCCAGUGGCAGCGUGGUGACAUUAAAAACAAAGCUGGCCUGAGGAUUAAAAUUGAGGUGCCGGAGGGACUGCUAGACAAUAACAAGAAACAGCUUCUUGUCAGUAACAUCUAUGACACCAACAAAGGCUUGCAUAUCAAGUAUGGGGCUCAAUUUGCCGACUACUUCACCAUGGGCGUUAGUGCUGUUGGUAUCGAGAGCAAGACUGCCCCACCUGAAGCCUGCUAUAAGCCUUCUGACUUGGUUGCUGGCUCUGUCAAGGCGCCAUGUGCAGAGUUUGAUGGAUUCGUUCUUCCUGGAUUUGCUGGUCCGCCUGGUUCAUCUCGUGCAUAG